GUGCAGCCUGCACCUCUCUCCUCAUUUCAAGCCUUUGCCAGGUUCCCUCCUCCUCCUCCUCCUCUCCCUCCUCCUCUCCGCCGCUGCCAGUCGCUCCUCAGGCCGCGGUGGGGAGCGUUUAUUCCCCGCUGUCGGCGUUUAGCAGAUGGGUGUCUCGGCCUGAGCCUCAGCCAGGAGGAGGAAGAGGAGGAGGAGGAGGUGGAGGACAGAGAUGAACGUUCACCCGUGUGCCCGCAGGCUGGCUCGCCGCUCCGGCUCCGCGCUGCUGCUCGCCGCCGUGGCCGUGCUGCUGCUCCAGACGCUGGUGGUGUGGAACUUCAGCAGCCUGGACUCUGGAGCCACGAGCCGGGAGAAGAGAGAGGAGCGAGCCGGGGAGCUGAACAAAGCCGCCGCCGCCGCCGCCGCCGCCGGUGCUGGUGGCGGGCAGCAGCAGCAGCAGCGGCGGUGGAGGAGGAGGAGUGACCCGGCUGCUGGGCUCCAGCUGCAGGCGCAUCGUCAGAAAGACAAACUGCGUCUGGACAGCAACAACAACGAGAACUCUGUCCCCAAAGACUUUGACUCUGUGGACAGCAACAGUAACCUCGGCGCGCGCUCCCAGCGCCAGCAAGUGUCGACCGGAAACGCCAAACAUCAGCCGGACAAAGUGCAGAGUGACGACGUCCUCAAGUCGUCUCCCGUCCAAACCAGAGGGGUCGCCCACAACCGCAGUCACGCCCACCUCCACAAACCACACCCCCAGGCACCGACACCGAUGAAAAUGGCGGCCGGACUAGUGCCGAAGAAAGAGCGGCAACAGUGUGAGGUCAGCGGGAAAGAGGCCAUUUCUGCUCUGUCCCGAGCCAAGAGCCGCGAGUGUCGGCAGCAGAUCGUGGAAGUUUACUGCAAACACAAGGAGAGCGUGCUGAUGCCCGAGAAGGUGCCUCGCUACUGCCCCACAGAGGGUAAGGCUAACGUGAAUGCGCCGUGGGACGAGGGACCCUUGGACACUUCCCAGCUUGUGCCGGUGCGGAUCGCCUUUGUGCUGGUCGUCCACGGCCGAGCAUCGCGUCAGUUCAUGCGUCUCUUCAAAGCAAUCUACCACACGUCACACUACUACUACAUCCAUGUUGACAAGCGGUCCAACUUCCUCCAAAGAGAGGUCCUGUCUCUGGCCGGCCAGUAUCCAAAUGUGCGGGUCACACCUUGGCGAAUGGCCACCAUCUGGGGCGGGGCCAGUCUGUUGACCAUGUAUCUGCGCAGCAUGGAGGACCUGCUCAAAAUGGCUGACUGGUCCUGGGACUUCUUCAUCAACCUGAGUGCUGCAGAUUACCCCAUCAGGACCAACGAUCAGCUGGUGGCUUUCCUGUCAAAGUACCGCAACAUGAACUUCAUCAAAUCUCACGGCAGAGACAACGCACGUUUCAUCCGUAAACAGGGUCUGGACCGUCUCUUCUAUGAGUGCGACACACACAUGUGGCGUCUCGGCGAUCGCAAGAUCCCAGAGGGCAUCGCGGUGGACGGAGGCUCUGAUUGGUUCCUGCUCAGCCGGCCCUUUGUGGAUUACGUGGUCAACUCUAGAGACGAGCUGGUCACCGGCAUGAAGCGCUUCUACUCCUACACACUGCUGCCCGCAGAGUCCUUUUUCCACACUGUGCUGGAGAACAGCGCCCUCUGUGGGACCAUGGUGGACAACAACCUGCGGCUCACUAACUGGAACCGCAAACUGGGCUGCAAAUGCCAGUACAAGCACAUCGUGGACUGGUGCGGCUGCUCGCCCAACGACUUCAAACCUGCUGAUCUGCCGCGAUUCCAGCAAGUGUCCAGACCCACCUUCUUUGCCAGGAAGUUUGAGGCCAGCGUGAGUCAGGAGAUCAUCAACCAGCUGGACUCGUACCUGUUUGGUGCGUACGCGUCGGGAACGCCGGGCCUACAAGCCUACUGGGAAAACAUCUACGAGCAGGACACGGACGGACCCGCCAGCCUGUCGGACUCCACGCUCAGUCACUACCACGCCUUCGCCCGCAUGGGAUUAUCGUGCGCUGCGCGCUCGCUGCAGGGCCGUCCCAGCGACGACAGCUGCAGGUACGAACACUUUGUUCUCUUAAGUCCCUGUGACGUGAUAACAACGAUGGUCGACAUGUCAGAUUAUCAAUCACAGCAGAUUACUGGCGUAUGUUUGUGA